CGCGUGGAUUAACAUGGCUGAAUCUAAUUUGGAAACGCCAAGGCUAGGACUGGGGGAACCUGUAACCGCUGAUGUGAGUAAUAUGGACAAAUAUGGUCCGAGCAGAGAUGCGAAAGCUCAAACAGUGUUCAAUGAUUUUGUAACAACCACGGUUAACGUGGUUCCCCCUGACAUGCUUGCCAUUACAAGACAGUUGGAGAAUCUCAUGAUUAAAGAGACGAAGACCUGGUGGGAUAACAAAACUCUCACUACAUAUUUAGAAAAGAACAUUGUUCCAAGGGGUCUCAGACUGAAAAAAAGACCCAUAAAAACAUACUCACAGGGAUUCAUCACCAAAUGGGACUCCGCAUUGCUGGAAUGUUCAGCCAAACUUAUGACAUAUAUUGUGGAGGAAGAAUCCCUGGAAUUAGCCAGUAUGCAGCAAGAAAUGGAGGGCCUUAGGACCCAGCUGGCUAUGUACAAAGAGCACAAGGAUUUUGCCAGCGUGGAACAAGCAGCAUUGGAGAAACUAGACAGUGUGGAAAACUCCAUAAUGGACAUUAAAAAAAGUAAAUUUCAAAGAGAUAUUCUGGACUACAACAAAGAUCAAGUGUUCUCGUGGCAUCUUAAUAAAGGGGACAAUCCAGACACACCGCGUUCUAUUUUACGCACACCACGAUCCAGAUCCAAACGCAGAAAUCAUCCAAGGUCCCGAUCUGCAAGGAAAGUGAGCUUUUCAGACCCUGAAAGUUCCCAAGAGGAAAACACAGGUGCACAAUACUCAUCAGCACAGCAACAGAAAAAGAAACUAACAUCGAUUGCCGCACCAUCUAAAGAACUUGGAGCUAUUCCAAAAAACCGUCUGGGCCAGACCGACAGCCUAAAGGGUCAAAAACAAGGAGAGCUGGACGCAAACAUAGAAGAAAGAAGAUAUCCCCUGCGCUCGCUACUGGUUCCGAGAUAAAUCCGGUAAUGAACUUAUCUGCAUGCAUCUUAUCUGCUGACCAAAUUACUGUACUUGGUAAAGGACUGAAUUUUGUGCCGACAAUGCCGGACGUUUUCUUUUCUGUGAGAGUUCUACUAAGCCGGGAGCGGUACCGGUGUCCGCAGC